AUGGGUAAAGAAAAUCAACCAAAACAAGAAUUCAAAUUCGGACUCUACCAAGGCAUAGUUUAUGAAGCUCAAGAUUUAAAUGGAAAAGCUGAUCCUUUUGUUCAAGUUAGAGCAAUUAAAACAGAUGGUACAUAUUCAAAAGUUUUAUUCAAAAGUACAGUAAAGAAAGCCACCUUAAAUCCAGCAUGGAAUGAAUAUGACAAAAUUAAGGUAAAAGAUUAUGUUAAUGAUUUAUUAGUUGAAUUGUAUGAUGAAGAUUUAGUUAAAAAUGAUUUCAUUGGACGUCAAAUUAUAAGUAUGGGUCGUGUAAGAUCAGGUAUUUUUGAUGAAGUCGUCAAAUUUGAAGAUGAUAAAAAUAAUGUUAAAGGUACUGUUAGAAUUAAAAUUGAAAGAAAUUAA